CAAAAUCGAUCAGCAGGCAGCAGUAGAUUUCAAUAUGUCUGCCGUCGGCUGUCAGUAAAGGAGGUGUUUGUUUUCAACUCAACAGCAGAUCCUUUGAGCUCGGUGAAGAACAGUCGAGGCGGGCGCUCAUGGCUCAGUGCGUGCAGUCAGUGCAGGAGUUCAUCCAGGACUCGUUCGUGCCGAUGGUGGCUGUCCUGUGCAGCGAGGAUGCGGAGAGAGUGACCCGCAAAAACAACCUGAGUUUCCCCGAGCUGCUGCGGCCUUUCUGCCGCCUGACGUCCGAGGGUCACCUGCGUGAUCCCAAUAACCAGGUGGUUGUGGUGAAGGGCCUCCGGAUCAGCGUGACUGGGAUCAACACACGGCCUCCACAGAGCCCAGAGCUGCACAGACUCCUCAGCCAGGCGGUUUCUGUCUGCCAGCCACCUGAAGGGUCGCCCGCCAACGUUAUCACGGCUGGAGACUACGACCUCAACAUCAGCGACCGCACGGUCAAAGCGAGCGUUCCCUGGUACUCUGACUGGAAAGAAACGCUCACACAGCUGAGCUCGUCCAAGUACUACACAGCAACAACACCAUGGUUUGAGACUUACCGGGAGAACUUCCUGCAGUCCAUGCCAGCAUCAGAGCACGAGUUCCUCAACCACUACCUGGCCUGUAUGUUGGUGGUGUCGUCUCGUGAGGCGGUGCCGACAGAGCAGUUUCUCAAGCUGUCACAGGAACAGCACCGAAUCCAGCACAGUGGGGAAUACACUCAUCCCAAAUGGUUCAUCCCCAACACACUCAAAUAUUAUGUCCUGCUCCACGAUAUCAGUGAAGGAGACGAGCAGAGGGCGGACUCUGUGUACGAGGAUAUGAAACAGCGGUAUGGAACUCAGGGCUGCUAUCUGCUCAAGAUAAACUCCCGGAGUGGUAGCACUGGAGCGGACGAACAGAUGCCGGACCCCUGGAGUCAGUACUUACACAAGACCAGCAUACACAACCCUGAGCUAUAUGAAGAAUAUGCAGUGAGUAAUGCGGUUGAAAACAACAUUGGUGCAGAGGAAGAUGGUCUUGAUCCAUCCAUUAGAGACGGCGUCUCAGAGACUCCUCCUCUGCAGCUGGACCACCCCACUGAUGCUGGUUACCCUGGCAACGAUGCCAGUCAGUCUGUAAACAAUGUGGAUGAGACGAGACCUCAAAAACAGGCCAGCGGGACCUCUCACACCAGCCCGACCCCUCGAGGAACCUGCCUGACCCUGAAUGACCACGACCACAUUCGGCAGUUUAUCCAGGAGUUUACCUUCAGAGGAUUCCUGCCACACAUCGAGAAGAACAUAAGGCAGCUAAAUGACCAGCUUGUCUCAAGAAAAGGUCUGAGCCGAUCUCUUUUCUCCGCCACUAAGAAGUUGUUUGGUGGAGGGAAGGUCCCAGAGAAGAGUAUUGCUGAACUAAAGAACACCGCAGGGCUGCUAUAUCCCUCAGAGGCUCCAGAGCUUCAGAUCAGGAAGAUGGCCGACCUCUGCUUCCUCGUUCAGCACUAUGAGCUGGCCUACAACUGCUACCACACUGCCAAGAAGGACUUCCUCUCUGACCAGGCCAUGCUGUAUGCUGCAGGAGCGCUGGAGAUGGCUGCUGUCGCUGCCUUUCUGCAGAGUGGGGCACCCAGGCCGUACCCAGCACACUAUAUGGACACGGCUAUUCAGACCUACAGAGACGUGUGCAAAAACAUGCUAUUGGCCGAGCGGUGUUGUCUUUUAAGUGCUGAGAUUUUGAAGAGUCAGGUCAAAUUCUCAGAUGCUGCCACACUUCUGAUCAAGAUGACCAGUGAGGACUCUGAUCUGCGGAGUGCACUCCUGUUGGAGCAGGCGGCUCACUGCUUCAUUAAUAUGCGCAGCCCCAUGGUGAGGAAGUUUGCCUUCCACAUGAUACUGGCUGGUCAUCGUUUCAGCAAAGCUGGACAGAAGAGACAUGCCUUGAGGUGCUACAGCCAGGCUUUGCAGGUGUAUAAAGGUAAAGGUUGGACACUGGCUGAAGAUCACAUCAACUUCACCAUCGGUCGGCAGUCCUUCACGCUGCGGCAGCCAGAGAACGCAGUGGCUGCCUUCCGGCACAUUCUCAUCAACGACAGCAAACAGUCGGCUGGACAGCAGGCUGCUUUCCUCAGGGAAUACCUCUAUGUGUAUAAGAGCAUGAGUCAGUUGAGUGGUGACGGCUCCCUCCCACAGCUGCCUCUGCCCUGCCUGCACAGCUCACAAACACGUGUGUUCUUCGGCCAUGAACGCAGACUCGCCGAAGGUGAGAAACAAGCUGCAACUCAUGUCUCUUUGGAGCAGGAGUUUGACCGGGAUCUUUCCCAGCUGUGGAGGGAGUUGGAGGAGCGGGUUGUCUCAGUGGCGAAUAGAGGGACGGUGCCCAUCACCUUCCAGCCCUCCCAAUGCUGCCUGAACAGUCAGACGGACAACCUCAGAUACCCCCUCGCCGUAGUAGAGGAGCCCAUCAUUGUGGAGGUGGUUUUCCGUAAUCCCCUGAAGGUUCCUUUGGCUUUGUCGGCUCUGUCUCUGCUGUGGAAGUUUACUCUGAAAGGCUUCUCUGACCCUCAGGGCGGCGCAACCGGAGAAACCGUCAGCAAUGAGAAAGAAACCACGGCCCUCAAAGACAUCAUUGAUACGCAAGUCAUUCCAGAGUUCACCAUAAGUCCAGAGGAGACCAAAGUGGCCCGUUUGAAGUUGCUUCCUCAUAAGACCGGAGAGUUGCAUGUUCUUGGUGUGGUGUACAACCUGGGCACUGGAGAAGUGGGCAACAGUGAAGGCUCGCUGGCCGAGGAUCUGGUGUGUGUUCGUGGACAGCAGAAUCUGGAGAUCCAGGGACCCAGACUCAAUAUGACCAAAGAAGAAAAGACUUCCGUCGGAUAUGGACCAGACCGCCGCCUGGACCCCAUUAUCACUCCACCUAUGCCCUUAUUGGAGGUGUUUUUCAUUAACUUCCCCACUGGUUUAUUGAGUGGUGAGAUCCGAAAAGCGUGGGUGGAGUUUGUAAAUGUGAGUGCAGUCCCUCUCACUGGUCUUCGGGUGGGGUCCACACACCCAGAGUUCUUCACAUUCGGCAGUGCCACCUCUGACCUUACCCCAGUGACCCCCACAGCAGCAGAGCACUGUUCCGCAUACAAGACUGUGGCCAUGCCCCCAUCAGUGGCGACUGUGUCGCUCGUGUCACCAGCAGUGUUCGGGGUCACCAGCAGUGAUCAGUUGGUGGUGACGGAGAUUCCCUUAUCACGAGGUGUGUUGGGACCUGGGGAGGCGUUACAGAUCCCACUGUGGCUCAGGGGACCUGACCAAGAGGGUGUCCAUGAAAUCAACUUCCUCUUUUACUAUGAGAGUACAGAGAAGACUGCCAAACUCAGUCACAGGGUCCUUCGACACACUGCUUUCAUCUGCACAAGCCGCUCUCUAAGCGUCAGAGCCACGGCCAGCCGCAGCAACACACUGCACGGCAGAGAGAGAGAGACAGAAGAACAGCAAGAAGCAGAGGAGAAAAACGGCAGCAUGUUGGUCUUUGUGGACGUGGAGAACAUUAACACAAGUGAAGCAAGUGUUCGUGAGUUCCACAUAGUUCAGGUGUCCAGCAGCAGUCGGCAGUGGAGGCUGCAUAAGUGCAUCAACCCUGUGGGAGAUGAAGACUCUAAGCUGGCCAGCAGGGAGAGAGGGAAGCUGUGCUUCAAAGCCACCAGAUGCAGAACGGAGGAAGCUACUUCAGAUGCAGCAGAAAAAUACACCUUUGCCGACCUCAACCUCGGCAACGAACAAAUUGUCAGCUCUACCACUCCUUGUGCUGAUUUUUUCUUCCGGAGGGGUCUGCAUUCUGAAGCCAGGAGAGGUGGCAUGUCCGCAGGCGGUGCUAGUCAAAUGCAGAGAAAGAGCCUCACGCCACAGAGCGGGACUGAUGACGGUGGGACAAGUAUUGUCAAAAAAUGCAGCGAAGUAGAGCUUGACAUCAUCGUCCUUUGGAAGGCAUAUGUUGUGGAGGACAACAAACAGCUGAUUUUAGAGGGGCAGCUUCAUGUUGCACUGCAAACCAUUGGCAAAGAGUCCUGCUCACUCUCGCAGAAAGAGGAAACUCAGGAAAUGGUGCUUCUGAAGUUCAAGCCUGACGUUCCUCCCCCUGUAAGCAAGCCCUCGCUGGAACAGCUUUCCCACCUCAUAAAGACCUGUCUCCACUACCCAGAGUCUUAUGAUCAUCCCUUCCCACAAAAGAGUUUAUGUACGGUUCCAGUCACCCUGACGUUGUCCAACUGUUCCUUGGCUCAGGUAGACGUCAUUGUUGAUCUGCGGCAUAAAACGACCAGCCCGGAGUCACUGGAAGUGCAUGGGUCUUUUAGCUGGCUGGGCCAGACCCAAUAUAAGUUGCAGCUCCAGGGUCAAGAGGUGUACAGGCUUUUCUUGAAAGCUUGUUUCUUCCAGGCUGGAGUUUAUAAUUUGGGCACACCCCGUGUCUUCGCCAAGUUGGCACAGACCAGCGCUAUGUGUGAGACCAGCCAGCAGAGCGCCAUGCCUGCCCUCAUUAUCAUCAACAGCAUUUGAGUAACUCCGCAACGUCGAUCCAACCUUUCUUCAAAGUUCUUGGCCCACCUAAAUAAAUGAAAUGGACCGGAAUCCAAGAUUUUUCUACUACUUGCUAAAACAAAAUCUAAUUGAGAGAGAUAAUUAAAAAGACUUGAACACAUGUUUCAAAUUAACACUGCAUCUGAUGUGCUUGUAUGGUCUGCAAUGGUGAGCUGAACACAAACAGACUUUAGAUGUUUUGUCUUAAAUGCACCUGAAGCGUGACUGGAUCGGUUUUUUUUCCCAUGUAAAUUUAUCUCUCAUGUCAACCAUGUAUCUAUUGAAGAAUUUUGCUUUUGUUUUAUGAAAUCUUUUUGCUUUUAGAACUAAUUUUGUCAAGAUCCCAAAAAUGUGGUAAUGUAAAUGGCUAUGCAUCUCUGCCUCAUACUGCCCUGCCGGCUAUCUCACGGUUGUCCACUGUGCUCUGUUGCCACAGUAACAAAAAAAUAACACCAUCUUAAAACCAGAAGAUGAAACACAACACUGUAACCUGAUGAGCUGUGGUUGAAACCAUUGCAGCUGUUGAAAGGACAACAUAUUUCUGCCUUGUUCGGGCAGGCUGCAGAUGUGGCGUUAAAUGGAACUUAAUAUCAGCUUGAGAGAAGCCAGUGGAAUCGAUGAAGUCCAACAAAGAGCCAUCUUAAUGUUCAUACCCCAGUGAGGGUAAAUGGCCAAAUCCAUGUUGCCCAGUCAAACAGCAUAGAUUUUAAGGACCUUUAAGGACACCAAUAGGGGGUAAAAGUCAGUCUGAGGGCAUAUUUCUGUUUGUGCAUCUUUGUGUGGGUAGACUGUUUUCUCCGGAGAUGUUUAAUUUUCUACAAACCAAUCAUCCUCUCCCACCACCUCAGCUCUCAUUCUGUCAUCUCCACUACUAUGAUCAAACUGUUAUUUAAAUGUAUCUACAUGACUGCUUUUCUGAAAAAAAUGAUGUAUUAUAUUUAUAACAAAUUCCUGUACAUAGAAUAAAAUGUAACCAGUAACCAAGAA